AUGUCCGAGCAGACCAACAAUCCUUCCUCCAACCCUUCUACCCCUCAACAAGAGAACACUCCCGGCUCCCCCCAGCCCCAGGAGGAAGACCAGUCCGAGCAGCAGCAGCAGCAACAACCUGACCAAGCCCAGGAAGAAGACAACAACGAAUCGGAGCAAAAGCCCGACGAGGAGAAGGAAGACGAUAAGGAUAAGGAUCAAGAUCAAUCCCAAGAACCAGGUCAAGAUCAAGAUCAACCCCAAGACCAAGAUAAACCCGAGGAGAAGUCACAAGAACCUGAGAUAAAGCAAGAGGCAGACGAAGAACAAGAAGAAAAAGAAGCAGCCGAGCCCCAACCCAAGAAAGAAGAAGAGAAAGAAGAGCCCCAACCCAAGAAAGAAGAGCCCGAAUCCGACGCUCCUCAACCCAAGCAAGAACCCCAAUCCGAAGCCGACAGCAAACCGAAGAAGGACCCGCAGCAGCGCAAACGUCGUUCGCGUCCUCCCCAGAAACUUCACAAGCAAGAAGAAUCCGACACGGAAUCUAUUCCCCGCAACAACAAUAACAACAUGGACAACGGAGCCGUUGAGAAGCCCCGCCGCCAGCGCCGCCAGCGCACCCAGCAGCAGCAGCAAGGUGGCCAGGAUGGCGGCCUGGGCGGCCUCCCCGGGGUCGGGCAGGCGGGUGAUCUCGUCCAGAACACGGCGGGGCAAGCCCUCGGCGGAGUCACCGGCGGAGCGGGCAAGACCGUCGGCGGCCUCCUCGGCGGCGGCGGCAAGCAGGACGAAGGCGAUGGCAAGGACGAACAGUUGCGACUGCGUCUGGAUCUGAACCUGGAUAUCGAGGUCCAAUUGAAGGCCAAGAUCCACGGUGAUCUGACUCUGGGCUUGUUGUAAGUCUUCCCCCCACUCUUUUCUACUCUCUAUUCCCCUUCUCCACUCCGAUUAUAUUUGAAGCCAGCUCAUAGUGCGAAUAGUAGCUAACCACGUCCGAAAAAUCACCGUAGGAACUAAAACAACAACACCCUUUUUCGAUUCGAAAUCCGCCCUCCCUUUCACUUUUCCACAGUUUCCUGACUUGAUCCUUCCGUUUUCAAUCUUCUUUUCUUUUUUCCGUCUGCUUUUUUUUUUUCAUUCUCCUGCAGAAUGGAAAAGAUUGGGGGUCUCGAUAGAAAAAGUGUUAUCCACGACGGUUCCUCCUCCUCCCCCCAUCCCCAUCACCCUUAGCGGGCGGGUGUUUCAUGCUUAUGCCUUGACGGUUUUGAUACCUCUACUACUUUUUUUCUUCUGCCUUGAUGUGUUUUCGUCGUUGUACUUGGUUCUGGUUUUUCUUGAUUGUUACUUCAUGCUUGCAUCGUCUUAGAAGAUAUUCGUGUGUGUGUGGUUCCUCCU